AAUUGUUUUGGAGGAAGUGAGCGGAGCUCGGCUGCUAACGCGUUAGCACGUUAGCUUGACAGGAAAAGCGAGCGUCAACGGGAGCUGGGCGAAACAGACCAUCAUACCAGACCACGGCUCGUCGGCAGUGGCAGUUUUGAUUUGGAUCAGAAGCGUGAACACGCAGGCUGGCCGUCCCGGCUAACUGAGCUGUCGACGCUCUGAACGCCUUGUUUUGUGAAGGCAGACAUUUGGAGAAGCCUUUAGCUUUUUUAGCUAGCCUGCGCGUUAGCUGACCGAGGCUGAAGAAAAGUCCCACUUCUGAUUUUUCGCCCCGAAGGAUCGUCGUCCAGGUUGCUGCGGCACAAUGACGUCAAGGAAGAAAGUACUACUCAAAGUCAUCAUCCUCGGAGACUCUGGAGUUGGAAAGACGUCACUGAUGAACCAGUAUGUGAAUAAGAAGUUCAGCAACCAGUACAAAGCCACAAUAGGUGCUGAUUUCCUGACAAAAGAAGUCAUGGUGGAUGACAGACUCGUGACGAUGCAGAUUUGGGACACAGCAGGUCAGGAGAGGUUCCAGUCUUUAGGCGUGGCGUUCUACCGCGGAGCGGACUGCUGCGUCCUGGUUUUUGAUGUGACUGCACCCAACACCUUCAAGACUCUGGACAGCUGGAGGGACGAGUUCCUGAUCCAGGCCAGUCCACGAGAUCCCGAGAACUUCCCCUUUGUGGUGCUGGGCAACAAGAUCGACCUGGAGAACAGACAGGUGACAACCAAGCGAGCCCAGGCCUGGUGUCAGAGCAAGAACAACAUCCCGUACUUUGAAACCAGCGCAAAGGAGGCAAUCAACGUGGAGCAGGCCUUUCAGACUAUUGCACGCAACGCUCUUAAACAGGAGACUGAAGUGGACGUAUACAACGAGUUCCCCGAGCCGAUAAAGCUGGACAAGAACGAGCGUGCCAAGCCAUCAGCAGAAACCUGCAGCUGCUGAGAACUCUGUACAUCUCCACGGGGGGGCUGCCGUGCCCCCCACCACCCUGUCUUGCCUUGUCUCUAUAUCCCCCCUACCUAUCGCCCACUGUGUUAUUUCCUGAUGCCCAAACAUACAAGCAGCAUCCCACUCAUAGAGUAUACUACUACUACUACACACACACACACACACACACACACACACACACACACACACACACACACACACACACACACACACACACAGACAUGCUGCAAUCACCAUGUUAUGUAUCCCAAAAAACUAAAAAAAAAAUGAACACAUUUUCUAUUACAAUAUGAGUCUCUUAGCCCAAAGAACACUUAAGGAAACAUGAUGGCAUUUCUGUGUACGAUGCUUGUUACUUCCCAGUGUUUCCCCUCGUACUUCUUCAUGGUGGCGGUGGUGGUUUCAGCUCAUUUUGUCUAUAUGUGUUUGUGGUUAAUGAUUUAAGUUAAACCAACUUUUUUUUUUUUUUUUUCCAAUGGAAGUCUCAGUAGCAGUGGUGGUUGUUUUUGUACUCCGUCGGCCCGCCACUGCUCCGUGAAUACAAGAAACACUGCGCCCUACAUUUUACUCAUUUGCAUUGUCUUUAAUUAGUUUCACUUUAAAGAAAAAAAAAAGAACACUUGUCACUACCAAUUCACUUUACC